CUGUAUUUUAUUUUAGACAUUUUGACUACUUCAGAGAAAUUUAUCUGAGGUUAUCUUCAUCUAGGAAACUAAAAUAAAAUUUUCACUAUUUUCAGAUCGUUUGAUAAAUUUGAAUUGACAACGAAGUUAUUAAAAUGAAAGUGUCAAUAAAGUGCUUGAAAGGAGGCUGUAGCCUAGUAGAUAUAACGGGGAAAAUGUCCAUUUUGGAGUUAAAAAACCUUAUUGAGAAAGACAUUAAUAUACCAGCUUCUCAACAAACCCUUAUAUUAUUCGGGAAAAGUUUACAAGAUGAGAAACUAGUGGAAGACUAUCCAAAAAUAAAAGAUGGAACGAAGCUGUAUGUUGCCGUUAAAAAAGCAGAAUCCUUAAACACAGUUCUGAAUGUAUUCCUUCGAAAAUACUACAAUGAAGAACAGAGCAAGAUCAUUGUAGAAGAAUUCAUGAGGAACUUCCAUUCUAAAAUCAACAGCCUUAGUUUGGAUGAUCUAGAAAGGAUAGCCAAGUCUGAAAUUCAAAGUUAACAAGUACAUAUUGGGUAUGGAACUUUCCACAUAGAUAUCUGAAUCUACUGCAGAACAUGACAUAGUUUUCAUCAACAACAGAAGUGACUAAUGUAUUGAAAUUGUUCCUAAACUUUAUGGAAAUGACAAGUUGGAACUGCAACAAAUAGAUGGCAGGACUAUUCAGUCAAGGCAAGGUUGGUACAACUGAUGAUAAUGGUUGCACUGAUUGAUAGUGCGGAAAGGGGGGGAAAUGGUCAUUUGUGACGUCACAGGCAGUGAG